UGUGACAAAAACCCAAAAUUCAAUAACACUUUCAAUGAAGCAAUGGGCAGUGACUCAAGAAUGAUGAGCUUGGUGGUUAGAGACUGUGGGGCACUGUUUGGAGGACUGAAUUCAUUGGUUGAUGUAGGGGGUGGUACCGGUAUCAAUGCUCGGAUCAUUUCCGAGGCGUUUCCUGGUAUAAAAUGCACUGUUUUUGAUCUUCCACAUGUUGUUGAGAACUUGCCAGAGGAGAAGAACUUGAACUAUGUUGGGGGCAAUAUGUUUAAGUCUUUCCCAUCCGCGGAUGCCAUUUUCUUCAAGUGUGUUUUGCACAAUUGGAGUGACGAGAACUGCGUAAAGAUACUGAAGAGAUGCAGAGAAGCUAUUCCAAGCAAGGAAGAUGGAGGAAAGGUUAUCAUCAUAGACAUGGUGGUAGAUGGGGACAGAGAUGAACAUGACAUUACUGAGACAAAGCUUGUUUUUGACAUAUUGAUGAUGGUUUUGGUCACUGGAAGAGAAAGAAGUGAGAAAGAAUGGGAAAAGAUUUUCUUAGAGGCUGGCUUUAGUCACUACAAGAUCACACCCAUCUUUGGUUUAAGGUCCCUCAUUGAGAUAUAUCCUUAAAUUAUGUAAGGUAAAUUUCAUUUUACCUCCGCGUAGUUUGGCUCAUUUGGAAAUAACAUUUAUAUGGUUUGUAAACCGAAAUAUAUCGCUUUCCACCUAACUUAAUGUUAAGUGCAUGCCAAGAUGAAAAUAGUACAUCGAGGUUAAAGGGAAUUUUGUCUCCUAAAAAAAUAACGAAAAUGUCCAUGUUUUACGCAA